CGGGCUGGUGCGGAGGGCGCUGAUGGACCUUCGCGCCGAGCUGGGCUUCUCGGUGGGGCCGUGGAACCAGUCGUACCUGUACGACACGCUGCCCCUCGACGUGAGCGGCGCCGCCGACAUGCAGCCCGGGGACCUCGUCUUCACCACCGCCACCUACUUCGACCCCAAGGCCAAGCGGCACCCGCACGGCGUGGUGCACGUGGAGGUGUGGGCGGGCGACGGCGAGCGGACGGUGGCUGCCCGCUGGCGCCGCGGCCGCGUGCAGGAGUUCCCCUCCUACCGCUUCGACUCGGCGGCGUACGGCGAUGCGCGCUAUCACUUCCGCUCCAUCAGCACGUGGCUGCAGGGAGUGUGCGUCAGCCACUGCAGCGAGCACGCGUGGGGUCGCUGCCGCCGAGACUUUCCCGGCCCCAAGUCGAUCUUCUGUCCAGACGACGGCGCGGAGCACGAGGACGUGGACCACGUGGCCCAGACAGGGCCACAACAAAAACAACAUCAACAACAACAUCGCGGGGUCGAGAAUUCACCACCGCCACCACCGUCGCAUGACCAGUGGCUCGUCACGACGAAACCAGCGGACUCUCCGCCGCACGGCAACAACAACAACGACAACGACAACAACAACAACAACGACAACGACGACAACGACAACGACGAGGAGAAGGAAUCCUCCUCCAGCUUCCAGCAUUCUUCCUCCGCUCUGCUGCCGCUCCAGGAAAUCUCCGCGGAGAAGCAGCAGACGUUGGUGGGGUCCUCGCGGGAGAGACGGCGGCGGCAUCGGCGGGCAUCAACCUGCGAGUCGUCCGCGGCACCGGCGCCCGUUCGGCGUGCCGCUGCCGGUGAAGGCGGCGGCGGCAACGACGUCGACGGUGGCGGCAGCGGCAGAGAAUCGUCGACGCGGAGCCGGCGGGACGCGCGGGGGGUCCGCGCGGGCCGGCGAACGUGGGAGGUGGUGGCGGCCGUGGCGGCGGUGGGCGGAGGGUCGCGGGCGGCAGAGGAGGAGGGCUGAGACGCCGGGGUGGCCGCAGAGGGCCGCGAAGGCCCCAGGGGGCGGCCGCACGGGGCUCCCAGGUGGCGCCGUGGUCGACGCUCGUCGCGUGGCGGAGGUCGGCGCCCACGACGGGGGCUCGCUGGGAGGCGGCCCUUGUGGGGAGGGGCCUACGGGGGGGCCGGUACACCCUGGGGCACGGGGGGGCCCGCGGGGAGGAGAGAAGAGGCUUCGGCGAGCAGCGGGGGACGGAAUUCUUCUUGCAGGAGGAGGAGGCCGUGGGGGAGAGGGGACUCUUGGAGGAGAGGGCACUCCUGGAGAACAUGGGACUGAUCAAGCAGGAGAGGGGGAGAAACAGGGAGACAACGAAGGGGCUCAAGGAGGGAAGGGGACCCGCCAGGGUGGCGAAGGAGGAGGUCAGGGGGGGAAGGGAGGGAGUCAGGGAGGAGGAAAGGGGGGGCGUCAGGGAGGCGAGGGGGGCCGCCCUGGUCGCCUGGGAGAGACGCGGAGCUCCGGACCCUUCUUCUACAUUGGAGGGAACAACGGAGCGGCCUUGGUGAACGAGUACUGCUUGAGGCGAGGCUGGGAGAGGACGUCGGACCGCACGAGGGAGGACUACCGCCUCAAGUGGUGCGAGCUCAAGUCCCGCUCCGCAUACACGGCCUUCCGCGAAGGGCAGCAGCUGCUCUACCAAAUCCAGAACAACAAGGUGCUCACCAGCAAGAUCGGCCUCCUGUGCAGCCUGCGCGACUACGAGCGCAUCAUCAGCAAGCUGCGAGUCACCUCCCAGCCCAGGAUGCUCAAGAUGGAGGACUUCUUCCCGCACACGCUGCGCCUCGACGUGCGUGGGGAGAGGGACGAGUUUUUCGACUCCUACCAGGAGGGGGAGAAGUGGAUCUGCAAGCCGACGGGCCUCAACCAGGGCCGCGGGAUCUUCCUGUUGCGCUCGGCAGGCGACGUGGCGGCGCUCCGCGAGCGGCUGCUCCUCGACGCCGACGUGGGGCCCCGCACGCCGCGCGCCCACGUGCCGCAGGCCCGCAUCGUGCAGAGGUACGUGACGAACCCGCUGCUGCUGGACGGGCGCAAGUUCGACGUGCGCUCCUACAUGCUCAUCGCCGCGCAGGCACCGCCCAUCGUCCUGUUCCGCCACGGGUACGCGCGGCUCAGCUGCCAGAGCUACAGCCCCGAGUCCAACGACCUCACGGCACACCUCACCAACCAGUACAUGCAGAAGAAGAGCCCCGUGUACCAGGAGGUGAAGGAGGAGACUGUGUGGACCAUGAGCCGCUUCAACGACCAUGUCAACGAGCACUGCGCCCCACACAAGGGGCUGCCCAAGGACUGGGUCCUCACCACCUUCACUAAGCGCAUGCAGCAGGUGAUGACCCACUGCUUCCUGGCCACCAAGUCCAAGCUGGAGGGAAAACUCGGCCUCUUCGACCUCAUCGGCUGCGACUUCCUCAUCGACGAGGACUUCAAGGUGUGGCUGCUGGAGAUGAACUGCAACCCCGCGCUGCAGACCAACUGCAUGGUGCUCAAGGAGGUCAUCCCGCAGGUGGUCAACGAGACCCUGGACCUGGCACUGGAGACGUUUGAGAAGGUGCGCCGAGGCCAGCGGGUCAUGCCGCUGCAGACUCGCCGAGACUUCACGCUGCUCUACAACGGGGACCCCAGCGACCCACACUCACGCCCGAGCUGGCCGUCGUCAAGGCCCUACCUAAACCUCGGCCUGCUGGUGCCUCGCCAAAAACAGCAGCAUCAGCAAAAUCAUCAGCAGCAGCAGCAUCAACAGCAGCAGCAGCAGCGUCGUGCGACAAAAUCAGCGGCACGAAACUUUGCGCUUCCCGAACCGCGCACACCGAAGCCGAGAAUUCGCUACAACAUCUCCAUCGCAAAGGUGGCGGCACCUCCGCUGCAGAAGCUGAGUCUGAGACCUCAGGGAGUGGAGGAUGACGAUGAUGAAGACAGGGAGGAGGACGACGAAGACGAAGCGGAGGAGAGAGGGGGCGGCACCUUGGGAGCCAUUACGAGACGCGUGGGGUGCUCGAAGUCGGCACGUCGGCCGCUCAAGAGCGCCGCUGCGCCGCGACCCACACCGCCCGACCCCCGGCACCAUCGCUGGGCGCUCACGCUGAGGUCCAGGGCGCCGGCGGCCUCGCUCUCGUCGUUGAGCGCGCGCGGCGGCGUCCGGUCAGUGGCUGCCCUCGCCGCCACCAUCUCUGUCCUGACGACGUCGUUCCCGCACGAGGCCUCCGCCACUUGGAAGACGGCGUUGAGCCUCCCCGUGCGGAAGGCGGAGGAGGAGGCGGAGGAGGAAGAGGAGGAGCAGGAGGAGGAGGUCGACUCGCAGAAGCUCCCUCCGCUGCCAUCGCCCGACGAUGCCUCGCCGGGCACCACCGCGAAGAAGCAGCUGUCAGAGCGAGGGGCUUGACCUCGGGACUUCGCGACGAUCGGGGAAGUGCGAACGGUCACCUUGGCGGCUUCCGAACCACCCUGGAUCAUCGCAGCCGCACGGUCUCUGCCGUGAGCCUUCCCGAGAAGCUGCAACUCGAUUUAAAAAGAAAAAGUCUACGAAUUUCUGUGUCCUGCAAAUAUUUUCCUUUUAUAUAUAAGCCAUGAUUAUUAUUACAGUAGCCAUAUCAAGAUCGUAGGUGCAUGUGUGUGUUGGUGUCUUUGUUAGGGCUUUUCAAAGCAGCACUUUGCCCAACAGUCUUUUAAGCCUAUACGGGGAGUCUUUAUGUGUCGGGGUUAGGGUGCUCGCUAACAGCACUUGCCCCAAUAGUCUGUUGAAAGCUAUUCAGGGGAGCUUUGUGUUUAGGUGGGGGAGCGGCGGUGCAGUGGUUUGUGCACUGCGCUACGAACCCGGCGACCCACUUUCGAUUCCCGCUUACAGCCAUCAGUGAUGAAUAUCUGAACCUGUCUUGAGCCUCCCCUAGGUCAACUCAGCCUUAAUGAGUACCUGGUGUGAUGUGUAAAAAUAGCAUUGGGGAGACAAAUGUAACCGGGAAUGGUGCUAGCCACCCUUUUGUGCUGUCCAGGCCUUCAUAGGUGCUCCUUAACAGCACAUGCCCCAACAGUCUAUUUAGGUUAUUAUGGGGAUCUUUGUGAAGGUGUAUUGAUGUGUUGAUGUGGUGGUGCAGUGGUUUCCAAUCUGCACUACAAACCCGGUGACCGGAGUUCGAUUCGCGGCCAUGGCUAACGUGGCGGUUGAUACCUGAACCUAUCCUGGGCCUCACCUAGGGCGACUCAGCCUCAAAUGAGUACCUGGUGCUUCGUGUAAACAAAGGCGGAUGGGUAUGGUGCUAUCUACACCACCGUCUCGUGCACCGUGCCAGCCUAAAUAGGUGCUCGCUAACAGCACUUUCCCCAACAGUCUAUGUUGGUUACACGUGGGAGCGUGGUGUGUUUGUUGGUGUGGGUGUGUGUGGAUGUGUGGGUGUUACAUUCGCAGGUGCUCGCUAACAGCACUUGUCCCAACGGCUAAAGUUGACUCUACGGGAGAUCGUUUGUCUUUGUAUAUCCGCUCGAGUUGCAACUAAUUACAUUAACGGAGUAAUUGACCAAAAAGUGUGGUCCUGGUCGAAAGUGAAUGGGCUAAUCGCCAAUUGAUAUAAUUAUAACGGCAAUAGUGCUUAAUUUAGCGCGCGCGUGUGUGUGUAUUGUUAAUUUAUUUCAAUGAGGCCUGUUACUGGUAGGAACCUCCUGGUUACACCAGCUCACAGGGGAUUAUUGUGU